AUGAAGUUCAGCAGCAUCCUCUCCGUCUUUGGCCUGGCCGCCGCCGCCAGCGCUGCUUCCCUGCAGCAGGUCACCAACUUCGGUUCCAACCCCAGCGGCGUCAAGAUGUACAUCUAUGUCCCGGACAAGGUCGCCACGAAUCCUGCUAUCGUCGUAGCCAUUCACUACUGCACGGGUACGGCUCAGGGUUACUACAACAACAGCCCCUACAAGACCCUCGCGGAUUCAAAGGGCUUCAUCGUCAUCUACCCCGAGUCGCCGUACUCUGGAACUUGCUGGGAUGUCUCGUCCAAGGCAACCCUCACCCACGACGGCGGAGCCAACAGCAACUCCAUCGCCAACAUGGUCAAGUACACUCUGGAUAAGUACAACGGCAAUAAGUCCAAGGUCUUCGUCACGGGCUCUUCCUCCGGCGCCAUGAUGACCAACGUCCUCGCCGCCACCUACCCCGACGUCUUCGCCGCCGGCAUCGUCUACAACGGCGUCCCGGCCGGCUGCUUCUACACCGGCACCGUCAACGGCUGGAACAGCACCUGCUCCCAGGGCCAGUCGACCGCCACCCCGCAGCGCUGGGCCCAGUGGGUCGCCGACGCCUACCCGGGGUACGCCGGGUCCCGCCCCCGCAUGCAGAUCUACCACGGCAGCGUCGACACCACCCUCAACGCGAACAACUACCAGGAGACCAUCAAGCAGUGGUCUGGCGUCUUCGGCUACAACCCCGACAAGCCCGCCUCGUCGUCGCCGAACACGCCCGUCGCCAACUAUCGCACCGACGUCUUUGGCGAUCACCUCACCGGCGUCUGGGCUGUCGGUGUCGGUCACACCGUACCCAUUCGGGGCGACGAUGACAUGAAGUUCUUUGGACUUUGA